GAUCUCACCAACGUUGCUGCUCUGGAUCAAAGCUGUUAACGCCACAGCGCCGAUUAAAAAAAAAAAGAUUCCGCAACGUCCACUCGUGAGCAGGAAAAAUCCACGUUUUCUAUGUAGUCGGCGGCCGUCCGGACCCACUCGUCUAUCCCGGUUUGAGACCUCGAAACAUGGACUGGACGGUGAGCAGCCGGGCCCUGGUGUGGUGCAUCUUGUUGGCGUUGCUUUGCUGCGCUGGUCUCCCACAAAAGGGGUUCUGCAGUGCCGGCACAGUUUCCCUCCCUGAAAGCCUGCUCUUUGUGUCCACCCUGGAUGGAAACCUGCAUGCUGUUAACAAGAAAUCAGGCUCUAUCAAAUGGACACUGAAAGAAGAUCCAGUUCUUCAGGUCCCCACACACGUGGCUGAGCCGGCGUUUCUGCCUGACCCAAAUGAUGGCAGCCUGUACUCCCUGGGAGGGAAGAACAGCGAAGGCCUCACAAAAUUGCCGUUCACUAUCCCUGAGUUGGUCCAAGCUUCUCCCUGUCGCAGUUCUGAUGGCGUCCUUUACACUGGUAAGAAGCAAGACUUGUGGUAUGUGGUGGACCUGUUGACUGGUGAGAAACAACAGACCCUGACUUCAUCCUUUGCUGAGAUGCUGUGUCCCUCUUCAUCCCUUCUUUAUCUGGGACGCACAGAGUAUACCAUCACCAUGUAUGACACUAAGAGUAGAGAGCUGCGCUGGAAUGCCACCUAUUCAGACUAUGCCUCCACCCUUCCUGAUGAUGACACUAAAUACAAGAUGGCUCAUUUUGUGUCCAACGGCGAUGGCCUUGUGGUGACCGUGGACAGUGAAUCUGGAGACGUUCAGUGGGUUCAGAACUACAACUCUCCAGUGGUGGCCAUGUACAUCUGGCAGCGCGAGGGCCUCCGCAAAGUUCCCCACACUAACGUGGCCGUGGAAACCCUGCGUUACCUCACUUUCAUGUCAGGAGAGGUCGGCCGCAUUACGCAGUGGAAAUACCCAUUUCCCAAAGAGAAGAAGCCAAAGAAUAAGUUCAUGGCCACUUUGUAUGUGGGUAAAUACUCUACCAGUCUGUACGCCUCUCCCUCCCUGGUGCAUGAUGGAGUCACUGUGGUGCCUCGUGGCAGCACCUUUCCCAUGCUGGAGGGUCCUAAUAGCAAGGAAACUGAAGAGGACAAGGAGUGUGUCAUCACACCCAGCACCAGUGUCAAGUUCAAACCUGCGCUUCGGGAGCAAAACCGCAUCAACUUCAUGAGGAACUACCUGCUCCUAAUAGGUCAUCAUGAGACGCCCCCUGAAGCUCACACCAAGAUCCUGGAGAAGUUCCCCGACAGCUUCCCUCGCAAUCAAGGCAACGUCAUCCCACCCACCACUGACAAGAAAGUAGAGGAGAAGGUGAAUGAUAGUGGUAUGGAUGACGGUCCCCCUUCUCCUCUGCCUGAAACAUCAAUCCAAGAACCUGGGGCUGGUGGUCGCACCGUGCGUCCAGAAGCUCCCAUGGACUCUAUGCUCAAAGACAUGGCCACAAUCAUCUUCUCCACCUUCCUACUGGCUGGAUGGGUGGCCUUUGUGAUCACCUACCCUCAAAGUGUUAACAAGCAGCAGCAGCUGCAGCACCAGGAGUUCCAGAGACAGAUGGAGGAAAGGUUGGACCUGCUCCAGAGACAGCAGCCGUUUCCCCCUGCAGACGUGGGAUUGGCCCCAGACAGCGACUACCUGGAGGUGGCCCGCACUCGCUCCGAAUGCUCAGACCACAGCAGCCCCAACGUCACCCCCCGCGCCUCCAACCACUCCAAUCUGUCUGUGUCUGAGUUGGGCAGUUCGGCCAAUGAGCAUGAAGAUGGAGAGGAAGACUCAAAUAUUGUCCGAGUGGGCAACAUAACUUUUCAUCCCAAAGAGGUCUUGGGUCAUGGUGCUGAAGGUACCAUUGUAUACAAGGGUCAGUUUGACAACCGUCCAGUGGCAGUGAAGAGAAUUCUCCCAGAGUGCUUCAGCUUUGCAGACAGAGAGGUUCAGCUGCUGAGGGAGUCGGACGAGCACCCAAAUGUCAUCCGCUACUUCUGCACCGAGAGGGACCGUCAGUUCCAGUACAUCGCCAUAGAGCUGUGUGCUGCUUCGCUUCAGGAGUAUGUGGAGAGGAAUGAUUUUGACCGUCAUGGACUAGAGCCAGUCGUGCUGCUUCAGCAGACCAUGUCAGGACUGGCACAUCUGCACUCUCUCAACAUAGUCCACCGAGACCUGAAACCACACAACAUCCUGGUGUCCAUGCCCAACGCCCAUGGUCGGGUCCGGGCCAUGAUUUCAGACUUCGGCUUGUGUAAGAAGCUCGCAGUGGGCCGCCACAGUUUCAGUAGACGGUCUGGGGUGCCAGGCACUGAGGGCUGGAUCGCUCCUGAGGUUCUCAGUGAGGACUGCAAAGACAACCCGACGUGCGCUGUUGAUAUCUUCUCUGCUGGUUGUGUGUUUUACUACGUGGUGUCUCUGGGAAGCCACCCUUUUGGCAAGUCUCUGCAGAGGCAAGCAAACAUUCUGCUCGGCACCUACAGCCUCGAUCAUCUACAGACUGACAAACACGGGGACAUUGUAGCCAGAGAUCUAAUAGAGCAGAUGUUGAGCAUGGAGCCCCACCGGAGGCCCUCAGCUGAGAGCGUUCUCAAGCAUCCUUUCUUCUGGAUCCUGGAGAAGGAGCUGCAGUUCUUCCAGGAUGUAAGUGACAGAAUAGAAAAGGAGCUGCUGGACGGACCAAUCGUGAGACAGCUGGAGAGAGGGGGGAGAGCUGUUGUCAAGGGUGACUGGAGAGAGCACAUCACAGUGCCUCUGCAGACAGAUCUGCGUAAAUUUCGCUCUUAUAAGGGUGGGUCGGUCAGAGACCUGUUGCGUGCAAUGAGAAACAAGAAACACCAUUACCGAGAGUUGCCUGCUGAGGUACAGGAGACUUUGGGCUCUAUACCAGAUGACUUUGUCUCCUACUUCACCUCCCGCUUCCCCCACCUGCUGAUGCACACCUACCUGGCCAUGUGGACCUGUGCGCCUGAGAGGCCGUUCCUGCCUUACUACUCUACUGCAGUGCAGCCUGCAAAAACACAGGCCCAGCACACACACCAAGGGCCACAAAGACAAAAUGAGCAAAGCGCUCAACACCUGCCAACACACACAUCACCAACCGUGUCACAGCCCCUGGAACCUGCACAUUCAUCCCAGCCAGUGCAGGUCUGUCACGUAACGCCGGCUGAAUCCGUACCCUCCACCUCACCGGAGGAGCCUGUAUCUUCACAUUUGCCAGUUCAAACUGUGAGGCCAGAAGCGUCCGCACCAUCAACUGACUGGCACAGUCAAACAGUGAACUCCACAUUUGCCCCAGAGAUGCAAAGAGAAUCCAUUCAGUCUGAAAUGCACACACUGCCAAAUCCUCCUACACUGGACAAUGAUCCAGUGUGAACUGGAGUCACUCGGACCCAGCACAGACAGGAGCAUUGCCUUUUAUAGAGUGGACAAAUCGUGGGGCGUAGUUUCUGAGCUUUGAGCGGGUGAGGACCAGGCCUGCAGUGCCUGGGAUCCACUGCCAGGAGCAGCAGCUGCACCUCUCUGGUUUAAGUGCCUUCUGCUCACCGGGGUCAAAAUGUUCCCCAACAGAACCGUCCAUAAGUCUGCCUCUGCCCAGACGAAGUCAGACACCCAGGAGGGUGUGGGUGGACAAUUUCUUGUACCUGGACUGAGCAAAAACAUGCCGGGGUAUUGUUGAACAUGUGGGUAAUUUUAUUGUGCAAUGUUGUAUUUCUGAGUGAGCCUGGUCACUGCACAGUGGCUAUAUGUAUAUUUUUGUAUAGACUGAUUCAAAACUUGAAUCAUCGAUGAUAAAUCAUUUAUUGUGGCCGAUGUGCCUUGUUUUUUUUGGUUUGUUUUUUUAACAUCACUGUGCUAUAUGGGUACAGAUCUUUAAAAAUUGAAUAUGCUAAAUGUGCUUAAUUCCACUUAAUGCUGCUAGACCGCUUCUCUUUUGUCAAUUAAGACUUUUGUGCUGACUCAUUGAGAGUCCAGUAAGCGUGGACUGUUCCAAAGGGUGUUCAGGGCGUUGUCUGAAUACAGUAGGUGAUUUUAUCUUCAUGUGAUUAUGUAAUCAAAUGAGUUUAGGGGUCAGGCUGCAGAAAGCUUGUGUAUGAUUAUUUCUCAAAGGGUCUCAAAGUGAAGUUGAUGACAUGCAUAUUAAAUUCUAUUUUUUUAUACUAA